GAUGGGGAACUGCCUCAAGGCGGCGUCGCUGGACGACCUCUCGCUGCUGCGCGACUCGGAGCCCGGGGACGCGGAGGCGGGGCCACCCCCCCCCUACCAGGAGCAGCAGGAGCAGGAGGAGGAGCAGGAGGUGGUGGUGGUGGGUGAGGCUCUGCCCCACCACUCGCUGGGCCGUGGCCCCGAGGAGCAGCGCCGCGUGGCCCAGCGCCUGGGCCUCAUCCAGCACCUGCCGCACGGCCUCUACGACGACGCGGGGCCCAGCGAGAAGACGGGCCGCGAGUGCGUCAUCUGCAUGCUGGAGUUUGUGAGUGGCGACGCGGUGCGGUACCUGCCCUGCCUGCACACCUACCACGUGGAGUGCAUCGACAACUGGCUCGUGCGCUCCUUCACCUGCCCCUCGUGCAUGGAGCCGGUGGACGCCGCGCUGCUCUCCUCCUACGGCACCGGCUGAGCGCCACGGAGGCCCCCGCAAGCGCUCCGCCCUGCCCCGCCCUGCCCCGCUUCACGCCGCCGCCACCGCCGCUCCUCCUGCUCCUCCGCCGGUUUCCUCGCCGCCCCGGCCGAACGUCUUGACGGCGCCGCUCUCCGGCGCCGUCCCCUGUCCCCGCGUCGGUUACCGGCCGAGGCACCGCCGCCGCGCGGCCACGUGGCCGCUCGCGGCCGGUCCCGGAGGGGGCGACGGGGCGGCCGCUCCCGAGGCGAGGCCGCUGGGGGGCCGCUGGGGGGCCGCUGGGGGGCCGCUGGGGGGCCGCGUGAGACCAGGACGCUCACUGGGACCGCGUGGCUCGUGGAGGCUCUUGGAGCUGCCCGGCGGGGGGGGUGGUAUGGUCUGUGCCGCCGGUCUUCGUGUGGGGGUCUGCGCCGCGACGACCCCCGACGACUCCGUGGCCCGCGCGAGCCGGAGACGCGCGCCGACCGCGGCACGCGGCCCGGUGGAGCCGGUGGAGCCGGUGGUGCCGCACGCGAGCGGCAGGCCCCGAGUUCGCGUCCUGGACGUGGAUGGGCGGUGCGGCGCCGCAGCAGCAUCGCCCUGCUGGAGGUCUCUGCCAGCCCGAUGCAACUGGAGCAUCGCCCUGCGGGUGGCCACCUGUCUGGGUUUGACUCACGACAGACAUUGCUACCGAGAUCUGGCACCGGUGUCGCGAAGGCCUUCAUUGCGGUGCCCUGCACAGUUCUGAUUGACCUCGGCCGCCUAAGAAACACGUCCGGGUUUGGUCCACAGGGGGAAGGGGUGGCCACCCUCCGUACGCGGCGACGGCCUUUCAGCGCUGACAUGUGGGACGAGUGGGAAUCUGCGACAGAGAUGCCUGGCGAGCGAGGCACUUGCUUCUAGCGGUUCUGGUGUAAUAAACCUUAUCGUGCGGAUGGCCCGUGGCCACCACGAGGAGGUUCGUGGGUCGUGACGUCGGGCCCCGCCUGCUCCCUGCGUGCGCCCGUGGCUGGGCCGCAGGAAGCGACCGGUGGGGGGCCCCUACGCGGCCCGAACUCGUGGUCGCUGGGCCCGGGAGUGGCCGCAGACUUUCCCCGGUGUACGCAUUCACGUGCGCACUUUCAUUCGCGGCGGCUGCAAGAGGCACGCGCCCGCGCCUCCUGCCUGCUCUGUGCGCUGUGCCCCGUGCAUCGACGCGGAGCACGAGGACAGACGCGGAGAAGAGAAGAGGACUCGCUUCCGCUUCUCCUGGAAGCGAGUCGCGAACCGCCGCCGUGCACCGAUGACGUCUUCAACCGUGAAGACGACUCGACAUCAUCGUGGCAGCUGCAGCAGCAGCAGCUUGAGCUGCUACGUGGACUACUUCCCCGUGGUGGACCACCGGGUUGGGAAACCGCUGCCCUGCCUCGCUACACCUCGCAGAAGUUCCUGGGGGGGGGGGGGGCGGGGGGUUAAAGUCACAUCGACCCCUGGUGCGCGAACCGAACGCCGUAAGAUCACUCGCCAAUCCUUAACCACUGGGCCUGUACCCUGACCUCGUGUCCUAUCUGUGGGAUGUUGUGACCUCCGCACGACCUCUCGCGCUGCCUGGCCGCGGGAGCCGUGGCAAAUAGCGGCUCUGUUGCUUUGUGGGUGUGCCGUGCGCGCCGUGCGCGCUGCCCGUUGUGAUUCUCUUUGCUUGUGAGGACGCAAACUUCCCACCGCGAAAGACAAAACAAAAGCCGCACCAGCUUGGCACGUUCAGGCUGCUGGCCCGACUCGUCUUCUGCAUGCCCCGCCGACUGUGCGUGUGCGUGUGAGUGAAUUUGCAGACUCGGUGUGAACCUUCGUGAUGAAACGCUCGGACGUUUAGGCGCUCGAGCGAAGAGCGGUGGGGGUGGUUGUUAUUGUAGAUGCAGCAGCAGCAGCUCCUCUCGUGGAUUCCACGGCUGUCUCGGUUGUUGACUAAAACUCCCGUGGGGCUCGAGUACAGCGCGACGUGAGUCAUCCUGUAAAUGGUGGAAGUCUGCUUUGAGAUGCAUUUGUCAUAACUGCUGGUCGAUACGUUUUCAGUUUCAUUUAUUUGGUAUAGCCCUGUGAGCCAUUCGGCUCUUGAAUCGGGUGCAACCGCAACAAACAAAAACAUCUUAGAGUGACAACGCGCAAACAGAAAAAUCCAGGAAAAAACUGCAAAAAAUCUUCCAGAAAAAAUCACCGUACACCAACGCUGUGUGCAAAAAUCCCAGUGGGAUGCAAGCCAAACAACAACAACAACCACAAGACAACUUAGAUUAAAGCCAUCAUUCUAACUCCGUACUACAACAAACAAACAUGGCCAAACCAAAAAAGUUUUCGAAAUCACCAAAAUAAAGCCAUAAAAGCAAUGUAACAGUGAUCAUAGAAACUGUGACCGAAAUUUCACAAUUAACGACAUAAACAACAUGUACCACCAAACCCUGCAGCCAUAGCUGGCUGCAUGAGUCACUCCACAACAGUAGGAGCAUCAAAAUUUUCCAAUGCACCUUUAAAGAUCAGCACACUAAAUCUAAACACAAGAUCAUACUUUGGUGACACAGAAACCGCACAGGGAUCCAGGUGCCAUGGUGGCGAGGUGGUAACUACCUCACCUGGAGGUCGUGGGUUCGAUCCCGACCCCGACGGCCUGCUGGUGUAUAUUUGGAGUUUGCGUGCCUCUCAUGCUCUCCGGGUCCUCCAGUUUUACCCUCCGCAUUGAGACUCAACGUCACGCGUUUGAGUAUUUGGCUGCUGGAAAUGUCCACGUGCUGAUGAUGCACUUUGUUGAGCUCUCAUUUGUGAUGGCCAGGUCGCUUCUUAUAAAGAGCUGUGACCCUUACCUGGUGAAAUAAAGAUAAGUUUAGUUUGUUUUUCAGAUGACAAAAAGUAUCGCAAAGUUAAAUCUCAGCGGUGUGAUCUCAAAGGACCACUCGCUCUUGAGUCGAAACAUCCAACCGAUGCCAUAAAUAAAUGACCAAAUUAAUUACAAAAAUAACGACAUCCAUGGGGAAUUCUAGCAUGAAUAGCACGAACGCACUCGCCGCCUCGACCACACUUGCCGAAGCACACGGAAGCCUCGUGGCCAGCCACGUUGCAAGGGUCACUUCACGGUGACCUCUACGCCAUGAGGUCACCUCCCUGGCAGCCGGUUGGCCGACGGCAGUGGCAGUGAUGAGGUUCAGCUCCGAGCACCGCUGCCACUGCUUCCCACGGGGUUGGACAUCUCAGAAUCAGAAUAUAGUGGAGCAAUCCGAUGAGCUAUGAAGUUCUUUUUCACAGACGUCCUGUCAGGUCAUGGGGCAAGAACGUCACAACAACAACAACAACACAAACACGAUAGGAGUGCAAAGUUCAAGAACGGUAAACGAAUCACCCAAACACAAACAACUACAACUAAACCAUCCCCAUCCUACCAGACAAAGCCCACUGAGAUCUUCACUUAUCUUUCAAAAGCAACAAAGUGGCUUAUCAUUUGGGCAUUUAUAGCAAUAAUUUAAACGCAUGUCCAGGCAGGAUACUCGCAUUUACUGGUGACUUCACGAUCCGUUUCUAGGGAUCGUUCGGGAUCUUUCCACGAAAUCGCAGCCCGCGGGACAAAUGUUGAACGCGUCGUCUGUACUCCAGUGCCCCCCCCCCCCCCCGACCCCGCACCACCUCCCAACGACGUCCCCUGGCCGUGGGAAGUGGCCCUGGGAGCGGCCCUGGGAAGAUCGUGGGGUCGCUCCUUCAGGCGCCUUGCCCAGCGGCAUGGGCGAGGCCCUCUGUGCAGCUCGCUCGGGGGGCAGGAAACGAUUCGCUAGGUGGCACCGUCACGACUACGGGACCCGCGAAGCUCGUUCCUGCAUUAGGGCGAACAAAGAACGUCGGGUUCUCACCCGCGGUUCGACGCGUGCACCCCGGACAGCGAGACGGAACCCACGCGUUUGUCUCGCUCCGCUACUGCCCACGCUACGCCAACUCGGCUGCCAUCCGAUGGGUAUCGGUAGUUUCGCCGUCGUGUUUGGCUCUGACAAGCGAACGCAAGAAACCGGUUUAGUCAACGGCGCAUUUUCACCCAACCUUACAGCGGCGUCGGCACCGUGCUACAGCAUGGCCACGAUGACGAGCCCAGAGCCACCCUCUGGCGAGCCUUCCAAGGUGUCACGUGCGGAGAGAUCGAGAAGAGAGACUUGCGAGGGGGGGGGGGGGUGAGCACUGGGGGUCUCGUCAAGCGGCCAAUUCAUUGCUCCGGUUGGGGCGGUGACUCAGACAGGUUUGGUUUUGUCAGCUUGACACGCAGAGCUUUGCGACCCAAUAAUAUUCGCAAUAAAGGGUUGUUUUUUUCUUUCUGGCAAAAAAAGUCCCGAUGAUGCCGCGUGGAAUUACCAUUGAGAAGUCGUGGUACUCAACUUGUAAAUGUUGUGGAUUUGCUCUCCCCAAAACACACAACCGGCGUGCUCAAGUAGCAAAUAAUGCCACGUUUUGUUUAUGCGACAAAGCUCAUUGGCUGUGUCGGGCGGCGGCGGGUUGACGACACAGUUACACUUGGCGCGAUCUGACCCCAACAAAAAACACCUUCAGCAUGGAUAGAGUCUCGCAGUCACAGCUGAUGCGGACCGUUGACCAUUGCGGCGUGGGUGACGAUUGCGGCGUGGGUGACGCCACGACAGCGCGCAUCUCCUUUGGGAAGCGUCGCGCAGGAAGUUGUCGUCGAUCCCCUCCUCUCCGUCGCGCUCGUUCUCGGCCACGCGGAAAUGCGGCGACGUGGCCCAAAGUUUUGCAGCUUUCCGGCGCUUUUGUUGCGGAGGGUUCGCGGUUUGAGUCGGGGGAAGGGAGCCCCGCUCUCCUGGUUGUGCUCACAGCACUCCCAGCCCCGGCCACCACCACCACCGUCCCCUUUCACAGUGAAUCCUCUCCAUCCCCCUGUGGGGCACGAGGCCGCCAUCAGUCGCCUCCACUUCUUCCUGCCCUUGGCCACGUGCUGAGCCUCGCCCCGAGAGACGUCGAUCGCUGCCACCGGCCUUGCACCACGUGGUCUCGGGCAGGGCCGUGUUCUCCAACAGGCCACAGUAAGCACUGUGCCUCGGGGCCUACACCCUCACCCACUCGCUCACCCAGCCACUCACCCCUUCACCCACUCGCUCACCCAGCCACCCACUCACCCAGCCACCCACUCGCUCCCUCACCCACUCGCUCACCCACUCGCUCACCCAGCCACCCACUCACUCAUUCACCCACUCAUUCACCCACCCACUCAUUCACCCACCCACUCAUUCACCCACUCACCCACCCACUCAUUCACCCACUCGCUCCCUCACCCACUCGCUCACCCAGCCACUCACUCAAUCACCCACUCACUCAUUCACCCACUCACCCACCCACUCAUUCACCCACCCACUCACUCGCUCACCCAGCCACUCACUCAUUCACCCACUAACCCACCCACUCAUUCACCCAGCCACCCACUCACCCCUUCACCUACUCGCUCACCCACCCACUCGCUCCCUCACCCACUCGCUCACCCAGCCACCCACUCACUCAUUCACCCACUCAUUCACCCACCCACUCAUUCACCCACCCACUCAUUCACCCACUCACCCACCCACUCAUUCACCCACUCGCUCACUCACCCACUCGCUCACCCAGCCACUCAAUCACCCACUCACUCAUUCACCCACUCACCCACCCACUCAUUCACCCACCCACUCACUCGCUCACCCAGCCACUCACUCAUUCACCCACUAACCCACCCACUCAUUCACCCAGCCACCCACUCACCCCUUCACCUACUCGCUCACCCACCCACUCGCUCCCUCACCCACUCGCUCACCCAGCCACCCACUCAUUCACCCACUCAUUCACCCACUCACCCACCCACUCAUUCACCCACUCACUCCCUCAUCCACCCACUCGCUCACCCACUCGCUCACCCAGCCACCCACUCACUCAUUCACCCACUCAUUCACCCACUCACCCACCCACGCAUUCACCCACCCACUCACUCGCUCACUCAGCCACUCAUUCACCAAAUUUGUGGGUAUACGGUCCCCUGGUCCAUUCUGAGAACGCGUCCGAGCCAUCCGAGUUGUCCGCUCCCACGGUGGACGUUCAACGUCCCACGGCGUGAUUUGGAGAAGAGUAUUCGGCCGAUGUUUGUGUGUGCCGCCGGCGGCGUCGUGGUCCAAAUUUGAUUAAUUACGAAUCCGUCAAUUGGGAAAUGACAGGGGACUGUUACCCCCCACCCACCCCCUCCCCUAACUGCGAUAAAUCGGCAUGACCCUCCGGACAAAAGAGUAUUGAGGACUGGAGGCUGUCUUGGGACAGAGUCGAGGAGACUGGAAACACCCCAAGGCAGGGUUUGUUUAUCCCUUCCUGACCUGGUGCCGUGUUGAACCCGGUGUUGAACCCAGUGUUGAACCCGGUGUUGAACCCAGUGUUGAACCCAGUGUUGAACCCAGUGCUGAACCCGGUGUUGAACCCGGUGUUGAACCCAGUGCUGAACCCAGUGUUGAACCCAGUGUUGAACCCGGUAUUGAACCCAGUGCUGAACCCGGUGUUGAACCCGGUGUUGAACCCAGUGCUGAACCCGGUGUUGAACCCGGUGUGGAACCCGGUGGCACUGAAGUGCGCAGGGCUGCGUUGUGAACGCCGGCCGUGUUUCACGCGAGAGCAGUGGUGGCCAAUACGUGGAUCGCAAAAUUUGUCUUUUGUGGAUCUCUGAAACGCAAACAGACGACUCUACCGUUACGGCCGACGUGCCAAUACAAAUUCCCACCAUACUAAAAUAAUAAUUUAUUGACUGAAUUUUUUCACCUGAAGACGAUUGCUUGUGUUGCGACCGAAACGUCGUGAUUUUUUUUCCAUCUAUGUGACUUUACCGAAAGACCCAAAGAGUAUAACACACUUCUAGCAACAGGUGGCGCUGUGUAGUUUUCACAGGGAAUGCUCUACUUACGAACAUUCGACUUAUGAACUUUUAUAGAUACGAACAAACCUGUCCGUAUGUCCAGUUGCCGCUGUGCGGACCAAGAAUCGUAGGUUUAACCGCCACACAAUAGAUGGCGGUGGUGGCAUCUGCAUAUGCAGGACGUGAAGAACCAGUGGCAUCUACAGACCAUGAAGAACCAGUGGCAUCUACAUCUACAGACCAUGAAGAACCAGUGGCAUCUACAUCUGCAGAACGUGAAGAACCAGUGGCAUCUACAGGUGAUUAUACAACUUGUAAAGCUAUUUCCCCGUGUCUAGUGGACACGCCGUACAACGAGUUUGGAAUGGACAGGAGUAAAGUUGGUACUUGUGAACAUAUCGACUUACGAACAGUGCCUCUGGAACCUAACUCGUUCGUAA